CUUUAGCUUCUCUUAGUUUUCUUCAAGCUAUUGAAGCACAAAUGGGUGAUCUCAUCCUUUCUCCCGUUGUUGAUACCACCAUAUCCAACCUGAUUUCGGCUGUUGCUCAGCAAAUCAACCUUGCAGUCAGCUGGAAGCAGGAACUCAUCAUUCUCCAAAAGAAACUAGUCUUGAUUCAGGCUGUGUUGCAAGAUGCUGGACAAAGGCAAGUUACAGACCUGGCUGUGAAGCACUGGCUCCUCAACCUCAGGGAAGUGGCACAUGAAGCUGAUUACAUACUGGAUGAAGUUACUUAUGAAAGUGUAAAGCGCAGGGUGAAGAUUCAAAAUCAGAUGAUGAAGAAGGUGCGUUACUUUUUUACCCCCAACAAUCCCUUGGCAUUUGGCUUAAGGAUGGCUCAUAAGAUUAAGAAAGUGAUUGCAAUGGUGGAUGGUAUUAACAAUGAGGCCCAAGGGUUUGGACUUCAAUCCAGACUUGCUACCACCAAUUAUCAACAAAGAAGAAAUUUACAGACCCACUCUUUCAUUGGUGCUUUCUCACAAGUUGUGGGGAGAGAAGAUGAUGUCUCAAAAAUAGUGCAGUUGUUGACUGAUCCAACUAAUGAACUACCCCUGUGUGUCCUGUCUAUAGUGGGUAUGCCUGGUCUCGGCAAAACCACCCUAGCACAAUCUGUGCGUAGUAAUGACCAAAUUCAAAACCAUUUUGGUAAAAUAAUGUGGAUUUGUGUGUCUGAAAAUUUUGAUGUAGAAAGGAUUUUAGCAGAAAUGUUGGAGUCUCUUACCAAGAAAUCUGGUGCAAUGAAGAACAAAGACACUGUGGUUCAAGAGAUAAGAUCAGCUAUUGGGGAAAACAACUAUCUUCUCAUACUGGAUGAUGUGUGGAAUAAAGAGAGUCAGAAAUGGGAAGACUUGAAGAGGUGUUUGUUGGGGAUGUGUAAGAAAUCAAGGAAUAGAGUUGUUGUAACAACUCGGGAUAAAAAUGUUGCAUUGACAAUGGGAACACGUCCUGGCCACAUGCAUCAUCUUGAGCUACUAAAAGAUGUUGAAUGUUGGUCUAUAAUUAAGCUGAAAGUAUUUGGAGACACUUCUAAACAUUUGGAUUCAGAAUUGGAGAAUAUUGGAUGGGAUUUUGCAAGAAGAUGUAGAGGUGUGCCAUUAGUUGCAAGUGUUAUAGGGGGGAUUUUGUGUACCAAAAGGCCAGAUUUAGCUGAAUGGUUGCCAAUCAAAAGCAAGAUUGAUGCACUGGGUUCACUUGAAUAUCAAGAUGAUGGAAUUAUGCAUAUAUUACAAUUGAGUUUUGAUAACUUGUUGAAGCCAGGUUUGAAGCAAUGUUUUGCAUUCUAUUCUAUUUUUCCCAAAGAUUAUGUCAUGGAAAGGGAGACUUUAAUUCAACUAUGGAUGGCAGAAGGGUUCCUUCAAGUGCAUGAAGAAACUUCUAUGAUGCUGGAGGAUAUAGGUGACGAGUAUUUCAAUGACUUGUUAUCCUAUUCUUUAUUUCAAGAGGACCAGAGAGAUUUAUUGGGGAGCAUCACUCAUUGUAAAAUGCAUGAUUUGAUUCAUGAUUUUGCAUGGUCCAUUUCAAAAUCUGAGAUAGUGAUUUUGAAAACUCUUUCUUCAAGGCACAAUAUUUCUAAUUUUAGACAUUUGAAUCUCAUCUAUGAUCAGCAAAUGGUGCCAACAAUUUUAGAAGAUGUUGCUCAGCUACACACUUUGUUUUCAGAGCAUGGUUUUCCCCAUGGCAUGUUAGGGAAUUUUAAAUGGUUACGGGUUCUUAGUUUUCCUCACGCUGUUCAUGCUGAAGAAUUGCCACCAUGUUUUGGCAAUAUGAAGAGUUUGAGAUACUUAGACAUUUCUGGAACUCAGAUAAAAGAAUUGCCCAGGUUCGUUACCAAUCUAUACAAUUUACAAACAUUUAGAUUCCAGAAUUGCAGAUCUCUCAAAAUGCCUCUUGAAGGAAUAGGAAAUUUAAUCAACUUGAGGCAUGUCAACUUCAAUAAUGAAAAUUGUAUGCCUGCAAACCUUGGGCGACUAACUUCUCUUCGAACAUUGCCAUUGUUCUUUGUGGGUGGAACAAAGGGGCGCAAAAUUGAAGAAUUGGGAUGUUUAAGCCAACUGAGAGGAAGAUUAGAGAUCCGUAACCUUGAGCUUGUUAAAGACAAAUUGGAAGCCAUGAGAGCAAAAUUACAUGAGAAGGCAGUUGAUGAUUUGGCAUUGAUAUGGGGAAAAGAAGGCAACGAGGAUGAAGAUGUUUUGGCAGGCCUCCGACCACACUCAAAUCUGCAAAGAUUAACUAUUGAUGGUUAUGGAGGUAAAAACUUACCGUCAUGGAUGAUGAAGAGUGACUGUAGUUACAGUAAUGAAAGGUUUUUGAUCAAGAACUUGGCGCUAUUGAAAAUUGAAGGGUGCAAGAAGUUGGAAAGUGUUCCCACAAGUGGGUUACAAUCACUUCAGAAACUAGCCGUUUUCAAUUGCUCUGUUAGCAACAUUGGAGAUACACUAGCAGCCUCCAAGUGCCUUGAGCUCUUAUCUCUGCGAGAGCUUCCGAAUUUGGGGUUUAUUCCAAGUAUUGGUGGGCUUACAUCUCUUCAGACCAUUGGUCUGAUUGGGCUUCCUAAUCUGAGGUUUAUUCCAAGUGUAGAUGGGCUUAUCUCUCUUCAAAGGUUAUAUUUGUUUGAAUGUGAAAUAGAGUGUCUACCAAGUGGGUUAUCAUCCUGCAUUGCUCUUAAAAAUCUGAUGGUAAGCAGGUGCCAGAACUUGAUCUCCAUUCCAGAAGAAUUGAAGGAAUUGCAUUCUCUUGUUGAGUUAGAAAUUGUAGACUGUUCAAAAUUGAGAAGCAUCCCAGAGAAGCCCCUCGCCUGUCUUACUAGCUUGAAAAAAUUGAGUAUUGGUGGUUUUGGGGAAGAGUUAGAGGAAUUCCCUGGACUUGGUUCCACUCUCUGCCUGCAGACCUCCCUCCAGGAGUUGCGAUUACAUGGAUGGAAAAAAUUAACUACAUUGCCAUCUCAAAUUCAACACCUUACUGCUUUAAAGAAGUUGGUUAUAAAGGAAGUUCUCGGCCGUCUAACUCAAUUGAAGUGCUUGUGGAUUGGUGGUUUCUCAAAAGAGUUGGAGGAAUUCCCGAGUCUGAAUUCCGUCAACACCUCCCUUGAAAACUUGCAAUUGUAUGGUUGGGAAAAGCUAAGUCAGUUGCCUCAUCAAAUUCAAAACCUCACUGCUCUACAGUACUUGUUGGUAUCCGGAUUUGAUGGAUUGGAAGUCUUACCAGAGUGGUUGAGAAACUUGUCCUCCCUUCAAUGUCUAUGGGUUCGAAAGUGCAAGAAUCUGAAACAACUGCCUUCUGCGGAAGCCUUUCGACGACUCUCCAAAUUGCAGUAUCUUGAAGUUACGGACUGCCCCUUGUUAGAGGAAAGAUGCGCCAAGGAAAGCGGUCCUGAAUGGUCCAAAAUUUCUCACAUUCCAGGCAUCUACAUGAAGGACAAGCACAUCUAAUCCCAAGAUUGAGAAGUCUUAAUGAGUAUUACUGCAACAAGAGGCAAAUUUUUACGGGGUUCUCUCUCGUUGGAGCUUUUUUUAAGAUAUUUUGAUUACAAAGAAUCAAUGUACUUGGUUUCUGAGUAAGAGUUGUUGUGUGCUUGGACAGUCACUGUUAUUUUUCCAUAUUGCUCUAGGGGUCUUAUAUCUGGGAAAAAAAUUGAGACACCAUUAUUGUAUUAUUCAUUUUAAUAUUGAAUUUUGUUCCCGGUUUGAUCUCAUAGUUUUUCCUCUAUAUUGGAGGGUUUUCCACAUAAAUUGUGUUCCUUUCC